GGGAGCCGGGGCGGCGGAGGAGGGGGAGAGCGGAGGAAAUGAGACAACCUUUUCCUCCCGCCGAGCCGCACUUCUCCGGCGCGGGCGAGGCUGGGUUCGGCAGCCUGUGAGCGUCGAGGCCGGGACCCCGCACCCCCAGCUCGCCCAGACCCCGGCGGCCCGACCCCGGGCGGCGCUGUUGGCGUCCUCUCUGGGUGAUCAGCUCGGGUCUCCAGCUCGGCUCCGGAGCCCCCGGAAGUGCGCGCCCGCGGUCCUGGGGAAGAAGCCAUCUGGAGCCAACCAACUUUAGAGUCCUUCACUGGCUGAAAUCAACACCAUCAGGGAUGACCUGCUCUUACUGGCUAAUUCUCUGCUCCUGACAGCACAUCCGACUCCAGGAGGAGAGAGAGAGAGCGCCAGUCUGGUGCCGCUGACUGUCUGCAGGAUCCUCCUCUGGAUGCCCCAUGAGGCUGCCCCUCAGCCCCACCACAGAGCCGGCGAUCGCAGAGCGCACGGAGAUGAAUUUCCUCAGCAGCAUCCUCGCAACCUAUUCCUUUGUGUCCAAAAACCCGGAGCGAGCAGCUCUGUACUUCGUCUCUGGCGUGUGCAUCGGACUGGUCGUGACCCUGGCUGCUCUGGUGAUGCGGAUCUCUUGCCACACUGAUUGCAGGCGAGGUCCCCGCAGGAAGUUCCUGCAGGAUGGGGAGAACAGCAGUGACAGCAGCGACAGCGAGGAGGACAGCUCGGACACCACGUCGGACAGGUCAGUGCGGAGACACCGCCGCUUUGAGAGGACUUUGAACAAGAAUGUCUUCACGUCGGCGGAGGAGCUGGAGCGAGCCCAGCGGCUGGAGGAGCGAGAACGCAUCAUCAGAGAGAUCUGGAUGAAUGGCCAGCCCGAGGUGCCCGGCACCCGCAGCCUGAAUCGCUACUACUAGGGGCGCAGGUGCACCCCCUUCCCCCGCACCCCUAGAAGCAGCCUGGAAAGGGGAAAGUCUGCAGGGGCGGUGGGGACAAGGAGCUGAACCCAGCUCUGCUAAUGUUGUGGCGGCAAAGAAAAGCAGGACUCGUCAGCUUUUUAUCCAGCACUGAUUUCUCCUUUUGACUUUAUCUGUGGAGCAGAAGAAAAACCAGGUUGGUUCAUCAACCUUUCCAGGGCUUGGAAUGGUGCUGAAACCGGGUCUCCAACACUGUGGAUGGAGAUUUGAGACACGGGGCUAUGCUUUCUCCAUUUCUGAGGAUCUCAGAAGUUUCUGCAGACUUCAUUGCUAUGUGUUAUUCCUUUACGAAAGGAAAUAUUCUUAUAGUAUGAGAGCUGGAGGCAUCAGGGUGACCUUGACCCAGGAAAUGCAAUUUUCUAAGUGACUCCUGCUGUGGAGGUGAUUCUGAUCUAGAUAGCAUGAUCCGUGCUUAUUAUUUAAGACUAAUUUUUUUUUUUUUAAUUGUGUUGCAAUGGCAACCUCUCCAUUUUAACUGGCACCUCAGGGAUUAAAAUCCUAUUUUUUAAUAUAGUCCCCACCUCAUUCAUGAAAAUGAAUGGAAUUACUGUAUUAUGGGAGAUGUGUCAGUGGACUAGAAAAAUGUCAAUAAUCUCAGAGGAUGAAGGGUUUUUAUUUUAAAUAGUUUAUGAAAUAUAUAUGUAUAUGAACAUGCAUAUUUGAAAAUGCUGCAUAAGAAUAAAAGUUGUGUAUCAUCCCUCUUUGGAAAGAAGAAAAAUUUAUCAUUCCAAAUAAUCGUAAUUUCAAACUUU